GCUUCCGGCCCAGGCCUGCCCCAGCGGCAUGCAGCGGCCGCAGGCAGUCUCCGCUCCGGGGCCGGCCGCCCGCAGCCUGUGCCGGGAGCUGUGGGGGCGCCGCGAGGCCGCUCGGUACCGGGGGGGGCCCCGCGGCAGCCUCCUGCGAGACCAAACCCCCGGGAACGGCACCGGCUCCGCCCUGCGCAGGGCCCUGGAGGAGCUGCUGCUGCCCCAGGGCUACCCUGAGAGCGUCUCUGGGGACUACCUCCAGUACCAGUGCUGGGACAGCCUGCAGGCCCUGUGCAGCUCCCUGAGCGGGGCGCUGGGCACCAGAGCUGUGCUGCAGGCUGUGGGGGUUGGGGACGGAGCUGCCACUGCCACCGGAGCCACCCUGGGCUGGCUGCUGAGGGAUGGAGUUGGGAUUGUGACCAGGAUCAGCUUCGCCUGGCUGCAGGGGAGCCGCCUGGACUGUGAGGCAAAGCAGUGGCGGCUGGCGGCCGACGUGCUGAACGAGGCGGCGCUCGUGCUGGAGCUGCUGGCCCCGCUCUGGCCGCGCGCCGCCCUGCCCCUGCUGACGCUGGCGGCGGCCACCAAGUGCAUCGUGGGCGUGGCAGGGGGUGCCACCAGGGCAGCUCUGGCUCUGCACCAGGCCCGCAGGGACAAUGUGGCUGACGUGGCCGCCAAGGACGGCAGCCAGGAGACGCUGGUGAACGGGGCGGGGCUGCUGCUGGCCCUGCUGCUGCUGCCCCUAUUGGAUGGGAGGCCCUGGCUGACCUGGGCCGCGGUGCUUCUGCUCCUGGCCACUCACCUCGGGGCCAACCUGGCUGCAGUCAGAGCCCUGCGGCUGCGGACCCUCAACCGGCCACGCCUCCGCCUCUCAUUGGCUGCUGCGCUGAGGGGCGGGGCUGGAGGGGGCGGGGCCACCUUCGAAGUCCCCUCCCCUGACUAUGUCAACCCCAGGGAGCCUCUGCUGCCUGGUUCCAGCUCUCGCCUGAAGCUCCACCUGGGAGCUCCUCUCCACCGCUUGGUCUCCAGUGAGGCUGAGCUGAGGAAGGCUCUGGAGAGCAGCCCCAAAGACUACAUCAUAGUGCUGAGACCCAGUGAGGGCUGGGUGGGGGUGGGGCUGCGGCGUGGGGCCCCCCCUGACGCCGCCCUGCGAGGCUGCUCCCAGGCCCUGCUGCUGGAGGAGCUACUGGGACCAGUCCUGCCCACAGGCUCCAAGCUGGGAGCCCAGCUGGGGGCGCUGCAGAGCAGGCUGAAGGCCUGUGCUCCUGGCUCGGUGCCCUGGGGGGCGGUGGCCGAAAGCUCGCGGCUGUGGGAGAGGCUGGGCCCAGCCUUCCUGGAGGGGCUGGCAGCUGCUGGUUGGCAGACAGAGAGACCCCUGCUGGCCGCCGACCAAUGGGAGCUCGAGUGGGAGGAGCCUUGAUGACAGGCCCCUCCCCACCCCCAUCACCUGAUUGGUCCAGGUGGAUGGAAGGGGAGGAGCCAAAGGU